AUGGCGACCGCAGCUGCCCCCGAGUCCUCGCUCCUUUCCCUCCUCUACCGCUCGUACCCGGCCGCCAUCUCUCCCGAUGCCACCGAGCCCGAUUACCUCCACGCCUCUCCCAAGAUCUUCCCCACGGUGAACUUUGGUGAGGCGGAUGACGCAGAGAUCAAGUCGUGGCUGAACACCGUCUCUGGCCUCAAGAAUGCUCAGGCCAAGAAUGAUGAGGCUGUGAUUAGCACCAUCCUGGCCCAGGUGAACACCCACCUGGCCUCGCGCACCACCCUACUCGGUGCGAAGCCCUCGGUCGCUGAUAUUGCGGUCUAUGCCCUUCUCGCUCCCAUGGUCGAGAAGUGGACGCCCGAGGAGCGGACGGGAGAGAAGGGCUAUCACCACAUUGUUCGUCAUGUCGACUUUGUGCAAAACUCCAAGCUCUUCGCUCUGCAGAUCCCCGAGGAGGAGAAGGUCGUCAUCGACGUGAACGACGUCAAGUUCGUGCCCAAGCCCGUCGACCCCAAGGAGGAGAAGGAGCGCAAGAAGCGUGAGAAGGCCAAUGCCCAGAACCCCGAUGGUGCUGCUGCCGAGAAGCCCCUCGUCGUCGGCAAGGGUAAGCCCGAGAACCCUGCCGCUGCUGCUGCCGAGGCCGCCGCCGAGAAGAAGGAGAAGCAGCCCAAGGCCCCCAAGGCCCCCGCUGCCCCUGCCCUUCCUCCUUCGCCCUCUAUCAUCGACCUGCGCGUUGGCCACAUCCUGCGUGCUAUCAACCACCCCAACGCCGACUCCCUCUACGUUUCCACUAUUGACUGUGGUGACGCCCCCGGCACCGACAACACCUCCCUGGAUGAGGAGACUGGCAAGACCGUCCGCACUGUGUGCUCCGGUCUGAACGGCCUGAUCCCCCUCGCCGAGAUGCAGAACCGCAAGAUCGUUGCCGUCUGCAACUUGAAGCCCGUGACCAUGCGUGGCAUCAAGUCCUCCGCCAUGGUUCUGGCUGCUUCCCCCCGCGUUGCCGAGGGUGAGGACUCUCACGCCGGUCCCGUCGAGCUCGUCAACCCCCCUGCCGAUGCUCCCGCCGGCGAGCGUAUCACCUUCCAGGGCUGGUCCGAGGGUGAGCCCGAGAAGCAGCUCAACCCCAAGAAGAAGGUCUGGGAGACCUUCCAGCCCGGCUUCACUACUACCGAGGACCUCGAAGUCGCCUUUGACAGCAGCGCCGUUCCCGUUGCCAAGGAGCAGGAGGGCAAGCCUGCCCUCGGCAAGCUGGUUACUGCUUCCGGUAUCGUGUGUACCGUCACGAGCCUGAAGAACGCUACCGUGCGGUAA